GCGGAAGUCGUCGUCGACGUAACUGAGGGACAAAGUUUAGGCAUUCGUGGACAUUCUACAACGGAAGCCUAAACACCUCCCAUAGUACAUACGUUUUUCCCUACAAAGUGCUGUAUACAGGUAUAAUAAUAUUGCUUUUUCCUGGCUAGCAUUCUCAUUGAUGAGCGAGCAUUUGAGGCGUUCAAACCCUACCGUUGAGUGAGCUGAAAAGGAGCCUUCCCUUCUGAUUUCAAUCGCCCUGCUCAGGCAACAAUGGUCGGACCUUGACCAUCCCCUCCUUGACAUAUUCGAGAUCUGCCAGGGAUGACCGACUAUGUCUCUAGGGCGGUGACCCGCGUUUCGACCUUUGAUGGUUCGGCAGAUCCUUACGAUCAUGAAAUCGCCCUGAUCGAUUCCACCGAAGCUCCUCCAGAGCAAGAUCUGCCUCCCCCGGGUUCAGCCAGUGCGAUCUCCAGCAAUAUAUCCAAGGUCCCAUCCAGAACAGGUGUAACAGACUAUAUCGCAAGGAGGAAGUAUGCCAGAUGGCAAGAAGACCGCCUCAAAUCCAAUCCUGCGAGUUCGGUAACGACAGAACGGCAAAUACCCAAAGCUGCUUGGAAGAAAAGCGAAGAUGCUGAACAGCUGACGGCGACCGGGACCAAAGACUUUGCAGACAAUCAAUCAAUUGAUAGAGGGCGGCAGAACGCAGACAAGAGAAGAAAAGAAUCAAAGCACCUCAAACACCAAGUUCAUGAAAUCGACAUUCUUUACGAGAACCAGCGUGGGUCCUUCUUCUGUGGGAUUCCGCUUUAUUCACAUUCUUCUCUCCUACCUAUCGAUCCGAGUCCUUGGGUCAACAAGCAUUUUCACGGUUCACCUGUCAAUAUCACCAAUGCUCAAGUCCCAGACCCCAGUUGGGAAUGGGCAUGGAAAACGUGGUACGUCGACAUGAGCUACGAUGUGGACGAAGAAGGCUGGCAAUACUCUUUCGCAUUUGGACGCAACUUCGCCUGGCAUGGUACUCAUCCUUGGUUCCAUUCUUUCGUCAGGCGAAGAAGAUGGCUCCGCAAACGAGUCAAGAGGGACGGUACAGGUGGGCGAGACAAGCUUGGGGGCUUAAGUGCUGCUCACCACUUAACCCAAGACUAUUUCACCAUCCAUUCGACGCGGGAACGCAGCCCGGUCAGUACUGUUGAUGGUGCCGGAAAAACUGCGAGGCCUGCCAGCUACGUGAGCCAUGCAAGCGCAGCCGACAUGCUAGAGCAGCCUCCUGAGGAGAUCAAAGAUAUCGCGAAUCUACUCAAAGCCUUGAAGUUCGCCUCAGUCGACCGAGAAAAGAUUGUGGUGGUGAAGAAGUUCGUCGAUCAAGGCGGAGAAGAACUUGUUUACCUUAAGGAUCAUGUCCCCGAUAUAAUGUCGUUCUUGGUCUUUCAGAAUUCUAGGACUCAGCUGCUGGCAUAUCUUAAGAAGACGGCGAAUGACGCACGAAAGCAUCGAGAGCACCACGAAGACGAGAAAAAACCUGAAGGCGACGACGAGAGCCGCAGGAUCGACAAUCUUCUGGCAGCCGUCGAUGCCGCCAACGCCCAAGUGGGGGGUCUCGAAUAUUGGAGUGAUCGAAAACACGUCUUACAAACCGCUGACGAGAAUGCUCUCGAGACGAGAGCGCUCGCUACAAUAUUCGACGCACCGCCUCCAAAACCGAAGGCCAACGAGGAUGUUGUCAACGAGAUCAAGGGGAUAUCGUCGGAAGCCGAUCUGAAGGGAGAGAAUACACCAUCCGUUUUCCGCCGAUCUGGACAGAACAAGGAGACUACACAGAAGGAGCCGGAGAAGGAAGACAAGGGUAAAAGCAAAGCGGUCCAUCAUGACAGCGAAGACGAUCGAAUGGGAGCAGAUCCCAGUCCACGACUGCGGCCGGACGAGGUUCUCAUUCCUGACGAUGAUUAGGAGUCUGCUGCGCCAGGACAGCAAUGCAUUGUUUAUUAGCACUGGUGUUGGUUGGCAUGUUUGUGUUUCGGGUGAGCGUGCAUUAAUAGUGGAGUAAUCACUGAUUGACGAGGCUGGGGAAUCAAUUUAACCAAUUAGGCCUAGUGUGGACACGGACGCGCCACGACGCGUUUUCCUCAAUGGA